AACACAGUGUUUUUCUUUCCUGGUGAGAGUGAAUUGGAUUUUAGACAUUUGAUAACAUUGUCAGGUCUCUUCUACUUCUACUAUGACGGAGUAACAUUGUUUGACAUUUUAUGAAGGAAGCUUCCUCUCACGGGAACAUUAUUGGUCAAAUGCACUUUGCCUAAGUAAUGAAGACGAAAUACAUAGAAUAUUGUGUAAACUAAAAUAUACUAAUACAGCAAAAUUGUUACGUUUAAUUUUAAAAAUGGAAUUGUAAUAGGUGAAGUAAUAGAAAACCAAAGUUAAAGACGCGUAAUUGUAAACCUAUAAAUACACAACAACACUAGGCGCUGUAGGUCUCCCCAUCUGUAACUUCACCGAUCGCCCCAUUCCUAAUCUGGAACUCUUUGAUCUCGAAAUCCCUUUAAGAAAACAUAAUCGAAUGGUGUCGACAGAUUCCCAUGUACUUCCGGUUUCCACCACCGCCGCGACGGCCACCACCACUCAGCCACCGAUCGUUACCGCUGUAGUGGAAUCGCAACCUCCAGCCGUCCGUGCCUUCGUCAACGGCGUAACCGAAACGGUCCGUGGUGGUCUAUCUCGUAGCCGUCCAUGGUCAGAGCUCCUCGAUCGAUCCGCCUUUACCAAGCCUGAAUCUCUCGCCGAGGCAGCGACGCGAUUUCGGAAGAACUCCGCGUAUUUCAGGGUAAAUUACGUCUGCAUCGUCGCUCUGAUCCUCGGAUUCUCUCUUGUCGCCCAACCAUUCUCUCUAGUCCUCCUCCUAUGCCUCGCCGCUUCUUGGCUCUUCCUCUACCUCUUCCGUCCAUCCGAUCGUCCUCUUAUCCUCUUCGGACGAUCUUUCUCCGAAUACGAAACUCUCGCCGGCCUGAUCCUGUCCACAAUCGCCGUGAUCUUCUUCACCAGCGUUGGAUCUGUACUGAUAUCUGCUCUCAUGAUCGGAAUAGCAACUGUCUGCGUCCAUGGGGCCUUUAGAGCUCCCGAUGAUCUCUUUCUUGACGAGCAAGAUCCUGCCGCCGUCGGAUUCCUCUCGUUCAUCGGUGUCCCCACGACCGCGUCCGUAGCACCCUCCGCCUCCUCAGCCCCUCCACCCGUCUAAUAAUAUUACCGAUCUCAGAAUUUGGCAGUUGUGUUAUUUUUAUAGAAAUUUACACGGUGGAGAUUGUUGUUGAUGUGAAUUCUCUGUGCUUGAUUUCUUCGCCAAUUGUUGCAAUGUAAUUUAAUUUCAUUGAAUAUACAAAUCUUUUGAAUAA